GGGCUUGGGUUAAGCGAAGAGUCAUCGAUCCGCGGGGCCGAGGUGCGGAAGCCGGGGGGCGCGCUUGUGCCCGGCCUGCUUUCUGGUGCAACCUUCCGCGGUUGCCGGCGAGGCGCGGCGGCGGCAGGGGAGGGAGCAGCGCGCCAGCGUCUGGAGCUCUAUUUUAAGAACCUCUCAAAACAAAGGAAACAAAUCAUGGAAAAGAAUGGGAAUAACCGAAAACUUCGGGUGUGUGUUGCUACUUGCAACCGUGCUGAUUAUUCUAAACUUGCCCCGAUCAUGUUUGGCAUUAAAAUGGAACCUGAGUUCUUUGAACUUGAUGUGGUGGUACUUGGCUCUCAUCUGAUAGACGACUAUGGAAACACGUAUCGUAUGAUUGAACAAGAUGACUUUGACAUUAAUACCAGGCUACACACAAUUGUUAGAGGAGAAGAUGAGGCAGCCAUGGUGGAGUCAGUAGGCCUGGCCCUAGUGAAGCUACCAGAUGUCCUUAAUCGCCUGAAGCCUGAUAUCAUGAUUGUUCAUGGAGACAGGUUUGAUGCCUUGGCUCUGGCUACAUCUGCUGCCUUGAUGAACAUCCGAAUCCUUCACAUUGAAGGGGGGGAAGUCAGUGGGACCAUUGAUGACUCUAUCAGACAUGCCAUAACAAAACUGGCUCAUUAUCAUGUGUGCUGCACCCGAAGUGCAGAGCAGCACCUGAUAUCCAUGUGUGAGGACCACGAUCGCAUCCUUUUGGCAGGGUGUCCUUCCUAUGACAAACUUCUCUCUGCCAAGAACAAAGAUUAUAUGAGCAUCAUUCGGAUGUGGUUAGGUGAUGAUGUAAAACCUAAAGAUUACAUUGUUGCACUACAGCACCCUGUGACCACUGAUAUUAAGCAUUCCAUAAAAAUGUUUGAAUUAACAUUGGAUGCCCUUAUCUCAUUUAACAAGCGGACACUAGUUCUGUUUCCAAAUAUUGAUGCAGGGAGCAAAGAGAUGGUUCGAGUGAUGCGGAAGAAGGGCAUUGAGCAUCAUCCCAAUUUCCGUGCAGUUAAACACGUUCCGUUUGACCAGUUUAUACAGUUGGUUGCCCACGCUGGUUGUAUGAUUGGGAACAGCAGUUGUGGGGUACGAGAAGUUGGAGCUUUUGGAACACCUGUGAUCAACCUAGGAACACGUCAGAUUGGAAGAGAAACAGGGGAGAAUGUCUUGCAUGUCCGGGAUGCUGAUACCCAAGACAAAAUACUGCAAGCGCUGCACUUGCAGUUUGGUAAACAGUAUCCUUGGGGUGAAAUAGUUAAGAAGUAUACUCAGUUCAAUCCUAAAACCUAUGAAGACAGGAUUAAUUUAAUCCUACAGAUGUGUGUAGAAGCUGCAGCAGAAGCUGUAAAACUGAAUUGCAGAAUUUUGGGAGUAGGUAUUUCUACGGGUGGCCGUGUAAAUCCUCAGGAAGGAAUUGUGCUGCAUUCAACCAAAUUGAUUCAAGAAUGGAACUCGGUGGACCUCAGGACCCCCCUGUCAGAUACUUUGCAUCUCCCAGUGUGGGUGGACAAUGAUGGCAACUGUGCUGCCCUGGCUGAAAGGAAAUUUGGCCAAGGAAAAGGCCUGGAAAAUUUUGUGACACUUAUCACUGGCACAGGAAUUGGCGGGGGGAUCAUCCAUCAACAUGAAUUGAUCCAUGGAAGCUCCUUCUGUGCCGCAGAACUUGGCCACCUUGUUGUGUCUCUGGGUGGGCCUGAUUGUUCCUGUGGAAGCCAUGGGUGUAUUGAAGCGUAUGCCUCUGGAAUGGCCUUGCAGAGGGAAGCAAAAAAACUACAUGAUGAAGACUUGCUCUUGGUGGAAGGGAUGUCAGUGCCGAAAGACGAAGCUGUGGGUGCAGUCCAUCUCAUCCAGGCUGCCAAACUUGGCAACGCGAAGGCCCAGAGCAUCCUGAGAACAGCUGGAACAGCUUUGGGUCUUGGGAUUGUGAACAUCCUCCACACUAUAAAUCCCUCCCUUGUGAUCCUCUCCGGAGUCCUAGCCAGUCACUAUGUCCACAUCGUCAAAGACGUCAUCCGCCAGCAAGCCCUGUCCUCAGUUCAGGACGUGGAUGUGGUGGUUUCGGAUUUGGUGGACCCCGCCCUGCUCGGUGCUGCCAGCAUGGUUCUGGACUACACCACUCGCAGGAUCUGCUAGGCCUCCCAGGUGUGGAUGUGGCCCGAGACUCGAGAGCCCCUUAGUGGAAUCAGGUGGUCUUUUAGAUGAGCAUUUCUUAAAAAAGCAAAUUAGGUAUUUAAAUUUAUUUGGCAGGUGACUUAGGCAGUUAUGUUUUUGCUAUUUAGUCUCCUUGUCCUCAUUUUUGUAGAUGCCAUCCUCUCUGGGGUCUUUUCAGCACAAAUCCUGUAAGUACCAGUCACAAUUUCUUUGUGCCAAAAGGAGCUAUGCUAGUAAAUAAGGAAGCCUUAAGACUCUGUUUUCUAGGUGUACCCGCAGGCCUUGCUUGGGAUGUGACCUUGACUCUGGAGUUUGAGUUACUAAUCCUCCUCAGACCCUAUAACUCAGACUGUGGAAAGGAAUCCAGUCAGCAAACAGAAGGAAAUCUGACUAUGAAAAGCCUAAGUAAACUUAAAAAAAAGCAGCUUUAUUGAAGUAUUUUUUAAGUACACAAUUUGAUAAACUUUGACAUAUGUAUAUACCUGUGAAACCAUUACCACAGUCAAGACAUUGGACUUAAUCUGUCACCCCCAAAUACUUGUUUAAAGAUGUCAUAACACUCACAGAACCUUGAUCAACUUUAGGGAUCUGAAUUACUAUGGCCUUAUGACCUUGUCCUUAUCUUCUUGAGGACAGCUGAGAAGCCACUAAGAUUUAUAGCCUCUGAAAGGAGAUUAACCAUGCCAAAAAAAUCUUUGCUACUGACAAGCAGACGCCUCUCCCUUCAAUAGCUUUCAUACUAAGUGGAGUAUGACCCUGGGGUGUCUACUUUCACUGCUGUUGAGAUACAAAGGCCAAGGUUCUUGCUGUCAAUUUCAACCUGGAAGAAUAGCCACCAUUUAUUAAGUGCCUACUGUGUCAGGCUCUGAACUAGGUGUUUCAUAUACAUUAUUUUAAAUUCUUAUUACCUGUAAGAUAGCUGUUUUGAUUCCCAUUUUAUAAAAGCCCACACUAAGUCUUAGUGUGUUGAAGUGACAUGACUAAAGCUAUGUGGCCAGUGAGUCUUAGAGACAAGGUUUGAUCACAGGUCCCUUUAUGCUUUUUCUAAGCCACACAAUCUCUCAAGAGCCAAAACUUUGAAAAUGCAAAUAUUUUCCAAUUUCCUCCAGGCUACCUAAAGCUUUAUUUAAAAAAUGCCAUUAGCAAGUGACUUGAUUUGUCCCCUCAGCAGUGAAUUCAAUCAAAUAUUCUUUUAUGCUGUGGAACUUCUGCCAGUCAGUAUUUGGUCCAGACAGGCUUUUAUGGGUACUUUAGGAUGAUCUAAAAAGGCAAUAUGCAUAUUUUUCAGAUUAUUAUUUUAGGAAAUCAAAGGUUUCUACAGCCUAUUGAUUGAGUGUUAGCAUAUAAAAUAAUCAUUUUCUAGUUAGGGAAGUUCUGGGUGAUGUUUAACCGGCCGCAAGAGGGCAGCAAAGGUCUCUGCAGGCGUUUGUGAAUGAUACAAAUUUUGCAAAUGUGAAAAGGAAACGUCUUCCCACUUGGGGGCUUGCUGCUUGUAAGCACAGUGGGUAAGUGUAGCCCCCCACCAGGAUGCCCUAACCCUGACCCUUCUCACUUCACAGAGACUUUACUGCAUUUGGAUUUCUUCCUUCCUGGUGGGUUAAGAUGAAGACAGUUGGGUUGGUUCCUAGAACUCUACCAGCCCUGAAAUAAUAAUCUCCAGGUCCUGCUUAUUGUCGAAAAAUUCCACAGGUGAUUCACAGGAAGGAAGCUAGUUGGCUCGGCCAUCAGUGGCGUGAGAUGGAUGGUUCACUGUAUUAGUUCCUUGGUAAAAUCUAUAACCACUUUAUACACCAGAUAAUUGCAUUGCUGUCAAGUUUCAUACAGGAUAAUUGAAGAGUGGUACUGAAUGUAAAACAAAAUCUUAAGUUUUUAAUAAAUUCAUGCAAAGGGUAAUAUAUUCCAAUAUAAUUGUUAGCUGUAGUUAAGUAAUCACAUAUUAAUUUAUUUUAAUGUAAAUAUUUUUGUUACUGUUCUAGGCCAAAUUCUAAAGAAAAAAUAAAUGUAUUUCCUUGUGGAAAUCCUAA